UAAAAGUAAAGGAAUGGAAUCCAUGGGCAGGGGGUGCGUACUUUAGCAACCCAAUGGAGUCGGAGAAACUUACAAAGUUGAAGGCCAGUAACAGCUCCAACAUCAAAAUUUUAGUUAAAAGGGGAAAAAAUUACGUAAACAGAAACUCCCACUCCUUUCUCUCCAAAUCUCCAUGUUACAUCACUUGUGAGCUUUGGAGAUUCUCUCGCUCCCUCAUUUGCCUUUCCAUUUCUGAUCUGGUACGUACAGAGAGGAAUAAUCAUCGUCGAGGAUUUUAUUGAUCGAUCGAAGGUUGAUGGCUGCUCCACCGGCAAGGGCUCGUGCUGAUUACGAUUACCUUAUAAAACUCCUCUUGAUCGGCGACAGUGGUGUGGGAAAGAGUUGCCUCCUUCUGCGUUUCUCAGAUGGUUCUUUCACUACUAGUUUUAUCACAACCAUAGGCAUUGAUUUCAAAAUAAGAACCAUUGAGCUUGAUGGCAAGCGGAUCAAACUCCAAAUAUGGGAUACUGCAGGUCAGGAGCGGUUUCGAACGAUUACAACUGCUUACUACCGGGGAGCUAUGGGCAUUUUGCUAGUCUAUGACGUUACAGAUGAAUCGUCAUUUAAUAAUAUCAGGAACUGGAUCCGAAAUAUUGAGCAACAUGCUUCCGACAAUGUUAACAAAGUACUGGUGGGGAACAAAGCUGACAUGGAUGAAAGUAAAAGGGCUGUGCCAACCUCCAAGGGUCAAGCACUGGCGGAUGAGUAUGGAAUUAAAUUCUUUGAAACUAGCGCAAAGACAAAUCUAAAUGUGGAGGAGGUUUUCUUCUCGAUAGCAAGAGAUAUAAAACUGAGGCUUGCUGAUCACGACUCUAGGACAGAGCCAUCAACAAUCCGAAUCGGCCAGCAAGAAGCGGGGGCUGAGCAGGCUGCUUCCAAGCCGGGCUGUUGUGGUUGAGUCGAAAGUAUUUCUAGUUGGAGGGAACUUAUCCACCAAAAACAAGCAGGAAGGAUGAAACAUUGCUUGGGUGACGUUUAUAAUUUGUGGUUUAGGCUUCUUUCUUUUUGUAUUCGUUUCAAAUUUUGGGUCUGAAGAGUAGUUUUUAACUAGCAAAUGCAUUCUAAAACGCCCUUGGCUUUUAAUGGUAGGAGGGUGUGAUCAUUAUUUGUUUUGAAAUAUAAACUGAGUUUACAUUAAA